UCUUCUUCUUCUUAUUUUUUUGAAGCUCACGAGUCACGACCUUACAUUAUUACAUACACACCGCACUUUACACUACAGUCGAGGAAUGGAGUAUGAGAUAUCAAAAUUGAAAAUGUAUUCUAUUUCUAAAAAUAUAGGCAAAAUUUGGGCAUAAAACGCUUUUAAAAGAGAAAAAGUACUUCACCUAUUCUCAGUCAGUCCGGUUCAAGAGUUACAGUAGUUUCCAUUGGCAACUACAAUCGCUAUCCUUCAGUCGGCCUAGCAUUGCGCGAGAAAACACCAUUUGUGCCAAAGCAAUUGUUGCGACGAGUUCCAAUUUAGGGCGGGAAAAUUUCAUAAUUUCGCUAUCCAAUUUGCCAGCUCUACGCGAAUGUGGCGGAGAAACGCUGCUGGAUUUAGAAAUGAAGCGCGAGAAAAUGAAGAUUCCGAUCAGAGCAUAUCUGAAGAGGAUGAAGGUCCGGAUGGUGACUGGACACGAAACACUGUUUCCUUGGGUGGAGAGGAAAAUGGCAAGGGGAAGAUACAGGUUCUCUCACAACUUGAGAUAUUCAGAGAGUCCUUUACAGAGGAGUCCAUCUCAUCCCCUGGGAAAAAAGGACGUUAUCAAAUCGAAGAUGAAGUUGAACCUCCUAUCUUCAGCGAUAGUUCUCGCAGCCACUACCAUGGAAUUGCCUCCGCUACCCGUGCUCGUUCCAAUAAAGGACUUAUCUGCUUACCUGAAGUAGCUUCAGUCUCGUACUCUGAUGAAGAAAUUAUUUCUGAUGAUGAGAAAAUCGAUCCUGGUACCUCUAGAAGUGUUAGAGAAAAGUUGGCCAUCACAUGGUCUGAAGCAAGUCGUGAAGUGGAGGCAUUAGUCCGGUCAAAUGAGAAUCCCUGCUGUUCCUCAAACCACCAUGAUGCAUUUGUGAAAGAAAAGAAAUCGAAUAGAGGAGGACGGGUCCGGAGAAAGGCUAAGGUCAAAUUUUCAUUCCCCUGCCAUUCAGAUAAAACAGACCCAUCUUUGGUUGUCAGUGAUAGUGAUGGAGGGGCAUCAUCUGACAAUAUCCUCGUAGCAGAUGAAAUUGGUGCUGUAGCUGACGAUGAGAUGCACAUUAAUAUGGCCGACUCUCAGCUGAACAUUCAUGAUAAACGCAUACACCCUUUCGAAAUGUCCCAUAAACAUGACACCAGAGGGCAUUCAAUGUCUGAGAUUCUAGGUAGCUUCCUUGAGAGAAGUGAUCUGCAAGAAGGGAGUUCCAAACUGGAGAUCCAGAAAAGAAGAAAGAAGCAGGCUAUUUUAGUAAGAAAUGUGCUUCCAAUGGGUGAUAGCAUCCAAGAAGGCAAGGAUCUUCCUGAGGCCUUAGAUAGUGACUCUUCUUUUGAAAGUGAGAAUGAGGAGAAUGCUCAAAGUGUAAAGUCGAUUAUCUCUAGGACUAUGGCAGACCAAUUUCAUGAAGCUUUCAGAACAGUCUCUGCAAUUGAUGACAGACUGCAUGUUUCUUUUCCUAGACCCUUGUGUGGUGGAAUGUAUAGGAAGUUGCAGCAAGUAAUGCAAAUUGAGAAAGAAAGAGAGAUGGAUUCCUUAAAGAAUGCAUGUGCAGAAACUGGUUUCAAAGGAACGUCAGUUAUGGUCAGAAUUUUGUCGAGGUCUCUGGAAGCAAAGCUGAUUGUGUGCUCUUGUAAUUGUGUUGGAGAUGGAAAGAAUUUUCCUAAGGAGGCAAGGACUAUGACUAUCAUCUUCAACCCAAGAAUGUCGGACGAUGCUGAUCUGGAAGUCAGCAACCUGAUAUAUAUUCACCCUCCUUGGAAUUCGGACCUGUUUGCUUAUGUGGCACUCCAAAUUCGGACCCUCUUGCCUAGUUGGAAAGAGGUGCAGGUGAAAAAUGAAGUAAUCUUUCUAUGUUCAUACUUCUCCCAGGUCCAGCCUUGACUUCGACUUCACCCCAUUUCAACAAAUUUUACUGAUCCUCAGGUUUCGAGUACAAGUUCUAUGUUUACUUUUUAACUAAAUUUAUACACAACUAUACACAUAUGCUUGCGUGUGUGUGUGAAAACUGAAAAUAGCCAAGUGAAAGUGCUCUCAUAAAUCAUAAGCGUUUUCGAAAAGAAGAAUGAAAAAAAGUGGUCUUGUAAGCAGGAGUUGUUGCGAUUUCAGUUACUGGUGAGUGCUCUCAUAAAUUCUAUCAGAUGCUAAGUAGGAGUACAUUUUAAUUGUUGUUGUCCUGUACAUUGUCAUUAUUAUAAAAGCCCCUAUUUUGUUAUUUA